AGGUCUUCUGCUAUGAGUGGUAGGCUGAAAUGCUGAGAAAAUGACCCAGGGUGAUAUCCAAAACCAGGUUGCUUCAGAGGAAAUAAUUAAAGAGCUGUGCACCUGUAACGGGCUGUGCUAUGAGCGACUUGAGCAUGAAGGAGCUGAAACCAGAAGCCUGGAGAUGUUUUUCUCAGGCUACCCCAGAAUCGUAGGCCUGUCGUUUUUCCCCAACUUGACGAGGCUGACUCUUGUGAGGCAAAACAUCCAGAAGAUUUCCGACCUGGAGAACUGCCUGCUACUGAGAGAGCUUUGGCUGGCGGAGUGUUGCUUGACCAAAAUCGAAGGUCUGAAGCAAUGCAUUCAUUUGCAAAAGCUUUACCUCUACUACAACAGGAUAUCGACCAUUGAAAACCUGGAAAAUCUGACCGAAUUGGAGGUCAUUUGGCUGAACGGGAACCAGAUUAAAGAAAUUAAGGGGCUCUCCACUUUGCAGAGGUUGAAGGAGCUCAACCUCGCCGGGAACUCCAUUAGUAAAAUUGGCCAUUGCUUGGAUCCCAAUGAAGAAAUAGAAAAACUAAACCUGUCUGGGAACAGGAUCUGUUCCUUCAAGGAAAUCACCAAUUUGGCAAGACUAUGCAACUUAAAAGACCUGUGUCUGAACGACCCCCAGUACGAGCCCAAUCCGGUGUGCCACCUCUGCAAUUAUGCGACGCACGUCCUGUAUCACAUCCCUCAGCUUCAAAGGCUCGACACUUACGAUGUCUCUUCGAAGCAGAUCAAGGAGUUGGCAGAGACCACCGUGAUGAAGAAGGUGAUGUACUACAACAUGCGUGUUAAGAGUGCCCAACGGCAGCUGGAGGAAGAGCUGGAGAAGCUCAGAGAAAGGAAAUGCAAGCUGCAGAAGCUGCCCGAGGAGCGGAUUAAGCAUUUCCACUGCCACAUCAAGCACCUGGAGCGCGAUCUGGAGGAUCUUCAGGCGUCCGAGAAAGUACAGGCCAGCGCCCCCUGGCACCUCGACGGGGAAAAUUCAAACAGGGACGAUGAAAACACCAAUGAGGCCUGUGAGGAAAUCAGCCAGGAGAGGCAGUUCCUGCUCAAAUUGGAGUGCCUCAAGAAAAGGAUCGCCUUCUGGAACAAAAAGCUCGAGGAAAUCGAAGCAAUUUAUCAACAGGAAGUCAAGAAGAAGAAGAAAGCCAGCAAUCUGGCUGUGCAGUUUCUGCUGACGGAAUUGGAAACGGUGGGAAACACACGCUUCGAAGAAGGUUCGCCAAGCGAUCCCUGGUUUAAUUCCUGCUAUGAAUUAAUCCUCUCCCGGUUUUGCGCCUGGGACUUCAAAGCGUACGGCAUUACGGGCGUGAAAGUGAACCGUGUCGUCAGGGUGCACAACCGGGUUUUGAGGAUGAAGUUUGAGGAGAAGUUCCAAAACUUCUUAGAGGAAGAAGAUUUAAGCGAUUCCACAAUGCAUAGGAAGAUGUUAGAAUAUCUCUUCUAUGUAUCGAACCUGGAAGUACCCUUGAAGAAGAGACAAUUGAUCCAGAUCCUGGAAGAAGGCUUUGCGGAAGCCCACAAGGUGGCUGGCAGUGAAGAAGCCGUUUCCCUCUCCAACAGCCUAAGUAUCUGCGAGUGCCCCAGAAUUGAACACUUCCAGAAACAAACCAAAAUCAAAGGGGACUUCGAGGAACCGCUCAGACCAGGGAAGCUCAUCAUUUCGAAAGUUUUCCUCGGGAACAGCGUGCAGGCUUGCGAGACAGAGGCCAUCGUCCAAGCCAACUUCCCUGGGGUCAAUUCUGUGUACCGGCCUCGUGGCCUCCCUGCGCAUGCCACCUCCGCAGCUGGCUAUGGGACCGCGGCUUCACUGGAGAAACCAAAGGCGCCAGAAGUCUGUUCUUCUGCGGAAUUCAAGAACUGUGACUGCAGCCUCCGGCAAUGCGAGUGGUUUGUGUUCGAUCAUGACUUGGUUUUGCCAGAAUACGUCGUUGAGUUCGAGUUCGUCACGUUGGUCAAAGUGGAGACUCUGUUCUCUUCGCUCAGCAACGUGGUUUCGGAGGAAGGAAAGAGGAAUUCGGCGGGCUUCAUUUUGUCUCAGGACCUGCAGUCCGAUGACCGGGUUUUGAACAUGGAGCCUGUUGUGAAGCCGAAGCCCAAAAUAAUUUGCCUGGAUGAGAAGACCAUCUUGGGGGUGGCCAAAGCCAACGUCUACAGCCGGGUGACGGUUCUGAAUUUGCACGGAAACCGACUGAGCAAGCUACGAGACAUUUCCAGGCUCACCGCACUGCGGAAGCUGAUCGUCAGUUUUAAUGAGUUCACUUGUCUGGAUGAUGUUUAUCACAUGCCAAACCUGGAAUAUUUCGAUGCCAGCCAUAACCACGUGAUCACCCUGGAAGGCAUUAGAGGUCUAAUCAAACUGAAGCAUCUGGAUCUGAGCUGGAAUCAGCUGAAAAAGACAGGGGAAGAAAUCCACGUUUUACGGAGACACACGCCCGUCGUGCUCAGUCUGAAUAUCAGGCAUAACCCAUGGCAUAAGCCAGCUUCUGUGCGGUUAAGCGUGAUUGGCCAGCUGAAGACUCUGACCCAUCUGGAUGAGGUCUUGAUUACUGAGGAUGAGGCAGCUGCGGCCGUCAAGUUCAUAACGGACUCCAAAAUUUCUCAGGCGUCUCUGCUGGAGCAUUCGAGGACGGAUACAGAGAAGAUCCGUAUCCUCAGCGUGGUCCCGCAGGCCAGAAUCCUGAGCCAGAUGAGCAAGAAUAAGCUAGACGUAUUUCAGAACAACUGGUUUACAGCGAUAACCGCAUUAGAUCUCGACGGGCAGCAUCUCAGCAAAAUUAGCCAUUUGGAAAAACUGGAGAAUUUGCGGUGGGUGUCGUUUAGCAAUAAUAAUCUUACAAGAAUAGAAGGGCUGGAUUCUUGUCACAACUUGGAGGAGCUCACAUUGGACGGAAACUGCAUCUCGAACCUCGAGGGUAUUUCAAAACUCUCCAAACUGAUGCGAUUGAGUGCCAACAACAACCACCUCACCAGCCUAGAGAGGAACAUUUUUGACAACUUGGUGCACCUUCACUAUCUCUCGCUUGAGAACAACCGGAUCACGUCGCUGGUGGGUUUGCAAAAAUCCUAUGCGCUCAUUGAACUCUACAUAAGCAACAACUACGUGUCCUCCAACCAAGACAUCUACCAUCUCAAGGGGCUGAACAACCUGGUCAUCCUCGACAUGUAUGGAAACCUGAUCGUAUGGAAGCAAGACAAUUACCGGCUCUUUGUCAUCUUCCACAUCCCAUCGAUAAAGGCCUUAGACGGUGUCGCAGUGGAACCACUUGAGAUGGAAAAUGCGAAAGAUUUAUUUGGUGGCAAACUUACCUCCGAUAUGAUCGCUGAAAGACUGGGGCACUCUGACUUCAGCACGAUGCAAGAGUUAAACUGGACGGCCUCUAUGAUCAGAACGAUAGACCUCACGCCGCCAGCCCAGUUCAGGAACAUCUCCAGCGUGAACCUGCAGAACAACAACCUCACAAAUUUCAGCAGUUUGAUCUUCCUUCCGAACAUCAAGGUGCUGUGCCUGAACUACAAUCACAUCGAGUCAAUCCUCCCCAGGCCGAAGCUCUCAAACCACUUAACAAACAGGCAGCUGCUGCAUCAGAAAGUGACGUCCAGCGGCUACGGACAGCAAGGAGCUUCCAAGGCCAGCAGGGACGUGGGAUUCAACGAGAGCCUCCCGCCAAUAAUGGAGAGCUUGGAAGUCCUUCAUUUGGGCUACAACGGAAUUGCCAACUUGGCCCAGUUGCAGAUCAGCAGGCUCAAAAACCUGAAGUUCCUCUUUUUACAGGGCAACGAAAUCAGCCAUAUCGAAGGGCUGGAGGGGCUCCACCUUCUGCAGGAGCUGGUGCUGGAUCACAACCGGGUCAAGACGAUCGGCGAGAACUCCUUCACCAAGCAGAACUCCCUGCUGGCUCUCCACUUGGAGGAGAACCGCCUACGAGAAGUGAACCAUUUGCAGCCUCUGGCGAAGCUGCAGAAGCUUUUCCUCGGGCUUAAUAAAAUCCAGGAGCUGUCAGAACUUGAAAAACUUGACUGUCUUCCUUGUCUUAAAGAGCUGUCGAUAUACGGGAAUCCAGUGACACGCAAGAUUUGCCACCGCCCCCUACUGCUGUUCCGCCUGCCCAGCCUUCAGGUCUUGGAUGGAACAACAAUCAGCUCAGAAGAGAGGGCCAGAGCCGAAAUCACUUUAUUAGAACAGCAAGUAAAGCUCACGUAUUACGGUUAA